UAACCAACCAUUCCAUACUUUUCUUUUCCACACACAUAAGCCUACUACCAACAUUCUAACUAUGAUAACAAACAAUAACUUUGAGCUUGAUUGCAAGAAAAUUCAUGAUUCUUUAAGUGGUUUAACCCAACUAAUUCCAUCACUUGCUUCCUUAACCAUCCUUGAAAGAAAACAACUAAGAGAAACUUAUAAGGAAGUGUAUGGUGAAGACUUGAUAAACCAACUACAAAAAUAUGAUGAAGAUGAUUUCUUUUCUUCUAUGAAAUUCUCUACUUUGUCUCUAUGGAUGCUUUGUCCACAUGAUAGAGAUGCUUUUAUAGCUAGAGAAGCUCUUCAACAAGAUGAAACCAAUUUCAAGGCUCUUGUGGAAAUUUUUGUAGGUAGAAAAUCAAGUCAUGUUGGUCUCAUCACACAAGCUUAUCAUAAAAUGUUUAGAAGACAAUUGGAUCAAGAUAUUAUGAACUUAGACCCACCACAUCCAUUUCAAAAGAUUCUUAUGGCAUUGUCAGCAUCACAUAAAGCUCACCAAGUAGAUAUUAGCCAUCAUAUAUCAAAAUGUGAUGCAAGGAGGCUAUAUGAAACUGGAGAGGGAAGCUUAGGAGCCAUAGAUGAAGCUGUUGUACUAGAAAUUUUAAGCAAGAGGAGUAUUCAACAAUUGAAGUUAACAUUUUUGAGUUAUAAACACAUUUAUGGACAUGACUAUACAAAGUCUAUCAAGAGAGGAAACUAUGGACAAUUUGGUAAAGCUCUAAUGGUGGUUGUGAAGUGUAUUUGCAAUGAAGCACAUUAUUAUGCAAAGGGUAUAUAUACAAGCAUCAAAAAGGUGAAAAGAGACAUUGGAACUUUGGCAAGAACACUUGUGUGCAGGGCAGAUAUAGACAUGGAUGAGAUUAGAAGUGUUUUCAAGGAAAAGUAUGAGAAAGAACUUGGUGAUGUUAUAUUUGAAAGCAUUCCAUGUGGAGACUAUAGAGACUUUUUAGUUGCAUUGGCUACAAAAUCCUCUACCCCUUCUUACAUCUUUACCAAUUAGCAAGAAAACUUGUUAAGAACAAUGUAAUUCAUAUGUGUUUUCUUUUUAGUAUUUAGACAAAGUCGGCCAUAAUUAUUAUGCAUAUAACUGUGAGGUUCUGGAUAACUGUGAGGUUAUGGAUUCGAACUCAGGAAAGAAUAUUAGUAUUUCAGGUGAACUAGGUCAUGCCGACUUUUGACUUUUGAGUUGUAUUGUAUGACUUGAAAAACUUGUUUACCAUAAUUAAUUGUAUUAUAUAGUUGUAUAAUUGACAAUAUUAAAAAACUAUGUCUCUUUUUAAGAAGUAAAGUGAAAUUUACUAUCUUUGAAGUACUUUAUGUGCAAACCAUAUUGUAACUUUUGUUGUUAUGUCUUUUUGGCUAUUUCUUUUAGUUUUUAUGCAGCUAUUAUACAUAGGGUUGAGUCAGAAACAUAGGAUUUGUUUGGUUAUUUAGGGUCUACUUGUCAAUGUCUUAACAAAAGGUGAAUAAUAAAUGGAUUAAAUGUUGUUUUGAGUUUAACUUAUCUACAAUAUAAGAAAGUUUACUGAUCUGGAAAAUACAUUAUUGCCCCUUUGCUUCUACAAUCUGCCACGUGGACAGGUUCUUUGCCUUCCUUUUUCGUUCUCUGCUUUUCUAAUUUUCUAAAACCUAUUUCUACCUUUCUAAAACAUAUCAACACACGUGAACUCAACAAAUCCAACAACUACCUUUUUCCAAAUAUUUGAACUAUCUUUCUUGGAAAUAGAGAUAUGACUUUUCUCCUACUCAGACUCUAAAGUCUUUUCAUUUACUUUCACUCAUCUAAAGGGUUUUUGCGUUUCCGAAAGACAUAUGAUUUCGGCGUAGUGAAAAUCGUUGCUCGGUGGAUCUGCUUCUCCUCUUUUUGCUUUUUAGAUGAAACAACAAGAAGACAAGUUCUCAUGGUCUUUAACGAUAGUGUCAAGAAUGAUUUUGUCAAGGAUGAUUGUGUCCAUAUCUAUUUCUCUUCUUCAAAUAUAUUGAUUUUUGUAAAUCUAUGAUUUAUUUUCUUAUCCAAUCUGUACUCAUUUCCUCUUUUGCAUCCCAGAUUCAAAUUUAUAGUAUAUUUUUUCUUUUUCAAUUUGUAGUCAUUUCCUUUUCUGAAACCUAUUUUUUUUAGGUAUCAUUAAGCAAAACAAAACGAUGAGAACUCCGGAAACAAAAACACGGAUCGAAGGAGAUAAUGGCUGUAUGAUGGCUGUAUGAUUCAUUAUCUGAAGGAAGUGGUACUUUCCCUAUUUCAUUCCUUCUGUAAAUCAUAAAAGAUCGAAAUGCUCCCCAUAGGAAAUUAUUCCUGCAAAGGAAAAAUCUUAAAGUUCAUGAUUCCAACUCAAGCGAUAGGAACUUUUUAGAAUAUGAAUUGAUCACAAGUGUUGGAAUAAAUCUGAGUCAAUUACCGAGGAACGACCUCUCUUACGAACACAUCCUAUCCCGUAUCAGAUGUUGCAGGUGAAACUGCAACAUCCAUGGCAUCAACGUCUUUGGUUUUCAAAAAGAUGAAUCCUACAUAUUCAAUGGACAAGUUCAUGGCUGUGAAAGAUCAAACCGAGUAUAUAACUACACAUUGGAUCCAUGCGGUCCUGUUCAUAUCACGGUUGGUGGCGGUAGUAACUGGGAAAACAUAACCAUCACUCACGCGGAUUAACCAGGAAAUUCAUCUGUUGAAGCUUGCAGAAGGAAUAUUCAAUUCAAUGACAAGGAGAUAAUUUCAAUAGUGGAGUCUCAUCUCUCGCGUCUAUAUGCUAGAAAACCCUAAAGAAUUCGACGUUGAAAGGCGAUGGUUGCUACUAAUAUUCAAAUUUUAUUCACCUUUUCAUCAAUGAUGUCAAUCGCAGAAGAUCUUUAGCCGAAGAUCUGUAAUUGGUGAUUUAUAACGCAACAUAAAGUUUUAUGAAAAGAUUAAGGAAAGCAUUGACUAAGCAGAUGAUGUUUUAUUACUUGUGGAAUCUGUGAAAAGAUUAAUAUAAACCAAAAACAAUGUUACUUUGAACCAGAAAGCAGUGGAUCAGCAGUCGCAGUAAACACCGCUGUCGGUCUUGUCAGUUGCGAGGACAUCUUAGACAUAGCCAGAAACCAACGCGUGAGCAUCUCCGAAAUCAAAGUUGGUGGAAACCACGUGAUUACCGAGUCGAUUGGGUCAUAAGUUGUAGUACAUCCUGUUGAACCUGAUGUGCCAAUGAAGGAUCCUGGUUUGGUUAUAGACAAGAAUGAUAUAACCAUUGGAGAGGCGCUGGAAGCUUCUGCUUUAACUCCAGCUGGUGAUUUGCUAUUUAUUUGUCUAUUCAUUGAAUGUUGUUUAAUGACUUAAAACCAUUCAUUGCCUUUCUACCUUAUCACAUGUAAUAAUUGUGGCCAUGCUUCUGACUGAUAAAAGCUGCUUGGGUGCUUAGCCAUGACUUUUCAAUAAAAUUCAUUUUAAAAGUUUGAGGUUAAAAGUGUCAAUGUUGGUAUGAUGUCCACUUAUUUAAGUUUAUUAUCAGUAUGCUUUCUGUUUCAAUAUUAAUAAUACAUAGGUUCCAUUUUUAUGUUUGAGAUUGAGAUUUUCUUUACAUGCUCAACCAAGCUAGGUUCGACUUGAAUGGAUAAAAUUGAAAGCUGAAAAUAAUCAUGUGACUCGUCUGCUUGUCCGAGAAGUUUUAGAGAACCUUGUGUUGAGAUUGGUUCAUCAUAUUGGUUAUGUUAAUUUUUUUCUCAUUCAUGGGGAGUAUCAUUCCAUCUAUAAGUAUUGCACUUAACUCUGAAUAUUCUGUCUUUUUAUGCUAAGAACUUAAAUCAUGUUAGGUUAAUUUCUCAAUUAGAUAAUAAACAAAAUGUAUCAGAAUAAAAUAAUAUUGAACAUUU